AUGGUCUCCAACUUUCGCGGCGGCACUACCCUAUCUAAACAUACCACACUAUCAGGCUUUCUGCUUCCGUCAAUUCAUUCAGCACCUCCAUUCUUCACACAGCAACCCAACCCGACGACUGAGGCUAUCGUAGUGCAGCAGUGGUCCCGGCUAAUACUUGCUUACGCGCGGCAUAGAAAGUUGUUCACCCUGCGAGUGGAAGAUGCUGAGAUCGUUGGAAGUGAAUGGGACGAGAUCUUGCGGAAUGAUAGGAUUAAUCGCCGGCUCCUGCCGCCGCAUCUGGAGUUCAUUCUCACAGACAUGGUAACCAAGAACACAGCGGUGUACGAACCUCCGAGGCAGACGCGAUCCGUACUCCUGUACUGGCGACAGCCCGAAGAGUGGGCCGAAGUCCUGCAUGAUUGGGCAUCCACGACUGGCCAGUUGAAUACAAUUUUGACAUUCUAUGACAUCAUAGAGCCUCCCGUAUCGUCACCAUUGUCUGGGAUACCCAUGGUGAUACUCAGGAAGGCAAUAAGCAUCCUUACCAAGACGAACCGCGCGCAAGUUAUAGCUGUUGCCGAUGGUGAAGGUGUUCGAUUCUUAGCGGGCAAUUCGGGCAAGUGA